AUGGAGGCGCUGCUGCCCAUGACGGUGCGCUUCUCCAACCCCAUCCAGUGCGGCGGCUCCUGGUCCUUUGUGCGGUACCACGGAUUCUUCACCAAGAACCACAACCGGUGGCCCAUCCCGCCGCUGUCUGAGCGCCCCUACGACGUCACCUUCAUUGGGAAGCUGGAGUAUGAGGCAAAGACGGCUGUCAGUGGGGUGACGGCGCACAGGAUGGCCGCCGUCAAGGCGCUGAGCGCGUUCCGCGACAAGUCGGGCCACCAGUACAAGGUGUACGUACCGCAGGGCGAGCGCCUGGAGUACCACGACUACAUCGGCCUGCUGAAGCAGUCCAAGAUUGUCAUCAGCCCCUGGGGCUGGGGCGAGUGGAGCCACAAGGACUUUGAGAUUUUGAUGAGCGGGUGCGUGGUGGUGAAGCCGCGGGUGGACAUCUUCAAGCUGCACCCGCCCAUAUUUGAGCACAACGUGACCGCCAUCAGCGUGAAGGAGGACCUGUCUGACCUGGAGGAGGCCAUCAUGCCCUUCCUCACAGACAUGCCGCGCGCGCAGGCCAUGGCCACGCGGCAGCAGGGCGUGUUCCGCAAGUAUGCCAAGCCGGAGGUCAUGGCAGCGGACUGGGACGAGCUGCUGCUGCGGCGCAUGACCCAGGCCUUCAGCAAGAAGCCGGCAGAGGAGUGGCAGCCGCAUGCGCAGCUGGAGGAGGUGGCGGCGGUGGCGUUCCAGGAGGAGGAGGAGCAACGGCUGCAGGAUGUGGACAGGCAGAGGGAGGAGGACAGGGAGCAGGAGGAGGAGGAGGAGGAUGAGCGGGAGGAGCGGGCGGGCAAGCCGGAGGAGGGCAAGGAGGGCGCGAAGCAGGAGCAGGCGGAGGAGCAGGAGGGACAGCGGCAGCAGGCUGAGGCAGGUGAUGAGCAGGAGGAGCAGGAGGAGCAGGCGGCCGCAGCCAAGAAGGUCAAGAAGGAGGAGCAGGGCAAGGGCAAGGACACCGCCACCGAGCGGCGCUGA